AUGGGCGAGUGCUAUAAGAUGAUUAUGAAAGGCAAGCUGUACCUGGCACCGCUCUCUACUAGAAGGCCACCAAAGAAUAUUCUCGAUGUCGCCACUGGGAUAGGCGACUGGGCUAUCCAGAUGGGUGACAUCUUCCCCAACGCCACAAUUAUCGGCACAGACCUAUCUCCCAUUCAACCAAACGACGUGCCUCCGAAUGUCUACUUCUACGUCGAGGACUCAAGCGACGAGUGGAUGUUCAAUCAGAAGUUUGACUAUAUUCACACGCGUAGCACUUCUGGAUGUUGGUCGGAUUUUGAGACGCAGAUAGCCCAGCAAGCCUUCAAUGCGCUUGAGCCCGGCGGCUGGUUUGAGUCGCAAGAGACGGACUGCAUUCCCCUGUGCGACGACGACACUCUUGAUCCUCAAGGCCCAGUUGCGACAUGGUGCAAUGACUUGAUAGCGGCGGCGGAUAAGCUAGAGCGCCCGGCCAUCUUUGGCAAGAAUCUCAAAGAGAUCUACAAGCGGGUUGGCUUUGUGGAUGUCCACGAACGUAUUAUCAAGAUGCCUAUCAACGGCUGGGCCAAGGACCCACGGCUCAAGCAAGUGGGAUGGAUGUGGGCUGAUCACAUGCUCGAUGGACUAUCUGGGUUCUCUUAUCAGCUCUUGAAUAAGGCCUUUGAACGGACCAGUGCUCAGAUUGAGGUGUCUCUAAUUGAUGUUCGGCGAGAUCUGGUGAACCCGCGCAUUCAUGCCUAUAUGCCUCUUUAUGUCGUCUGGGGAAGGAAGCCGAAGAAAUGA